AUGGCCGAUUUACAGGUGAAAAGCUUGAUCUUCAAAAAGAUCCCAUCCGGGCGGCUUGUUCCAGGAGAGCACCUCGAGGUUGUCUCUAGCCCGGUCGAUCUCACGCUGCCCUCCACGGGCGGCCUGUCCUUCAAGCUUCUCCAAGUCGGCCUCGACCCUUUUAUGCGGGACCGCAUGAGUGAAAGCACCAAGGACCGCUACGUUCCUGUUUUCGACCUCGGGUCACCAAUCAACAACUCUUGUAUAGCAAAGGUUAUCGACUCCAGUAUCGAUGACUUCAAGAAGGACGACCUCAUCACAGCGAUCUUGCCUUUCGUCGAGUACGGAGUGUUGCCGAAAGAGCUUCUCGGGCCGUUGCAGGUUGCGAAGGUGGUAGACUUGCCCCCUGGGAUUGAUCCCAGCCUUUUACUGGGACCACUGGGACUGGCAGGGGCUACAGCUUGGGUUUCGUACUUUGGCAUCGUGAAGGAGGAUCAAGAAGGGCUCAGGGCUCACCCAGGAAAGUCCUUCGACGUGAGACAUCGCGCGGCGGAAACCAAGACCAUCUGGGUGUCCUCCGCUGCCAGCUCGGUAGGGCAGAUUGUCGGACAGCUGGCGAAGCGUGACGGAUACCGGGUCAUCGGCAGCGUCGGCUCUGACGAAAAGCUCGAUUUCAUUGUCAACACCCUGGGCUACCACGCGGGGUUUAACUACAAAACAGAGAAAGCAAAGGACGCUAUUCCACGCCUGGCUCCCGAUGGCCUGGACUGUUAUUAUGACAAUGUCGGCGGAGACCAUCUGCAGGCGGCGCUGGACAACAUGCAACCGCAUGGAACAAUUUGUUGUUGUGGCAGCAUCUCUACUUAUAACGUGACUGAAGAGGAGCGCUUUGGUAUUACCAACUACGGAGAGAUCUUCAGGCGGCGUGUUACAAUCCGAGGCUUUACUUUCCAUGAGUUAAUGCCUGAGUAUGGUUCAGGAUUCAAAGAAAAAAUGGCAAAAAUGAUCUCAAACGGGUCUAUAAAGGCAGAGGUCAACGUGUACGAGGGGUUCGACAAUAUUGGUCAGGCUUUUGUGGACAUGCUUGAUGGCAAAGCCACGGGGAAGGUCGUUGUCAAGGUUGCCGAGCCAUAG